ACCAGGGAUUCUGUGCACUGAAAUCCUGGAGCCUCCCGCCGAGGAUUCUGGGUCCUGGAAUCACUGCCUGCGCGGGGGAUCCCGGGUAGUGUGCUCGGGUGGACGGCCACGCCGAGACGCAGAGCCUCCGUCUGCGCUCGGCUGAGGACGCAGAGCCUCCGUCCCCGCCCGCCGUCCGUCCCCGGAUGAGUAGGGGCCCUGCAGCCCCCUGUCCAGCUCGCUCUUCCGAGCGGGGAGGACGCCGGCCGUGCGGAUGCGGCGGGGGAGGGUUGCUGAGGCCGGAAGCGCCUGCAGGCCGCAGGUGCAGGGGGUCCGUGUCCCAGGGGGAGACGGGGCGAGUCGCCAGGGGAGCCUUUGGGAAAAGCCGGGAGCUGCGGCCCGGGGAGUCCCGGCGUCGUCGGGCGGCUGCGUCUGGAGGGCCUCUCCCCGCGCGCUCGGCGGAGCCUCCGCCUGGGCGGGAGGGUUCCUGACGCCCGAGGAGAGGGAGUUCUCGAACAGGUCGGACGAGUGGAGGUGAGGGCGGCGUCCAGAACGAGCAGCCCUCCGGGGGGUUCCCUUCUCCAUGGAGAGCAGGAAGGCAGCUCUGGGACCCUGGAAGGCCAACAGAGAGGCUUUUGUGACGUUUGAGGAUGUGGCUGUGGAUUUCACGCAGAAGGAAUGGAAGCUGCUGAGCCCUGCGCAGAGGACCCUGUACAGACACGUGAUGCUGGAGAACUUCAGUCACCUGGUGUCGCUGGGAAUUCCCUGUUCCAAACCAGACCUCAUCACGUGGCUGGAGCGAGGGGAAGAGCCCUGGAGGGAAGAGAGGAGACACCGGCCAGGUCCCGGUCCAGCAGAAGCAAAGCCAGAAAUGCAUCUCUCUCCCUGCUUCCCCCUGGCCUGCAAUCAGCAUAUCCUCAUCAGGCACAUGAUUCACAACCAUUCUGCUCACGUGUCUCCAGGUGUUUGUGCAACAAAUUACCCACAGCAAAGGAGUUCUGGCCUGGAGCACGAGGAACAAGAGCAGGAAGAACUUUCCCAUCAGAGUGACCAGGGUGAUACAGCAGAAGGUCAAGAGAGAGAAGAAAACUCCCAACCCUUCUUGAGGAGGUGUCAGACCUCAGGAGCAUCUUCCAACCCACAGCCCACCCAGGCAAUAAGUCUGGGGCAGAGGAACACAGUGGUGGAAAUUGAGAGCAGCCAAGCCCAGAGGGGAAAUCCUAAAGAAACAGGUGAAGUGUUGAAAGGAAGAGAAAAAAAUUCAGUAUGGGAAGCGUUCCGAUGUGCAGAGUGUGGGCAAGGCUUUAGCCAGAAGACAAAGCUACUUGAACACAGAAAAGCACAUUAUGGACAGAAUCUUUUAACAUGCAGGGAGUGUGGACAGGACUUUAUUGAUAAGUCAGCACUAUUCUUGCACCACAAAACACACCCAGAGGAGACUCCUUAUAUGUGCAGGGAGGGUGGGCCAGACUUUAAUAAGUCAAAGCUCAUAACAUAUAGGAGGUCACACUCUAGCAAAAAGCCUUUUGUGUGUAAGGAGUGUGGGAAAGGCUUUACACGAAAAUCAUAUCUGAUCUCCCACCAGUGGAAACACUCAGGCCAGAAGCCUUUUGUGUGCAUGGAGUGUGGACAAGGCUUUACCCAAAAAUCAUGCCUGAUAUCCCACCAGCGGAAACACUCAGGAGAGAAGCCUUUUGUGUGCAAGGAGUGUGGGCGAGGCUUUACCCAAAAAUCAUGCCUGAUAUCCCACCUGAGGACACACUCAGUGGAGAAGCCCUUUGUGUGCAGGUAUUGUGGACAAAGUUUUAGGUGGAAGUCCAGUCUCCUAAGCCAUCAGAAGACACACUCAGGGGCGAAGCCUUUUGUUUGCAGAUAUUGUGGGCGAAAUUUUAGCUUGAAGUCUAAUCUCCAGAGACAUCUGAAGACACACUCAGGAGAGAAGCCUUUUGUGUGCAAGGAGUGUGGGCAAGGCUUUAUCCAAAAAUCAUCCCUUAUCGCCCACCAGUGGAAACACUCAGGGAAGAAGCCUUUCCUGUGCAAGAACUGUGGGAAAGGCUUUACACAAAAAUCAUCCCUGAUAACCCAUGAGUGGAAACACUUAGGGGAAAAGCCUUUUGUAUGCAGGUAUUGUGGGCGAAGUUUUAGCUUGAAGUCAAAUCUCCUGAGCCAUCAGAAGACACACUCAGGGGAGAAACCUUUUGUGUGCAAGGAGUGUGGGCGAGGCUUUAUCCAGAAGUCAUCCCUUAUCUCCCACCUGAGAACACACUCAGGAGAGAAGCCAUUUGUGUGCAAGGAGUGUGGGCGAGGCUUUAUCCAGAAAUCAAACCUCAUGUCCCACCUAAGGACACACACAGGGGAGAAACCUUUUGUGUGCAUGGAGUGUGGGCAAGGCUUUCUCCACAAGUCAUCCCUGAUCUCCCACCAGUGGGAACACUCAGGGGAGGAGCCUUUUGUGUGUAGGUAUUGUGGACGAGGUUUUCGGUGUAAGUCAAAUCUCCAGAGACAUCAGAAGACACACUCAGGGGAGAAGCCUUUUGUGUGCACAUAUUGUGAGCGAAAUUUUAGCUUGAAGUCAAAUCUCCAGAGACAUCUGAAGACACACUCAGGAGAGAAGCCUUUUGUGUGCAAGGAGUGUGGACAAGGCUUUCUCCACAAGUCAUCCCUCAUUUCCCACCAGUGGGAACACUCAGGGGAGAGGCCUUUUGUGUGUAGGUAUUGUGGGCAACGUUUUCGAUGGAAAUCAAAUCUCCAGAGACAUCAGAAAACACACUCAAGAGGAGAAGCCUUUUGUAUAAAGGAGUGUGGGUAAGGCUUUAUCCAAAAAUCAGGCCUGAUGUCCGACCAGUAGAAACAGCCUAGGAAGAAGCCUUCUGACUAUUGUGGGCAGUUUUAGCUUUAAAUCAAAUCAGAGACUUCAGAAGGUACACUCCAGGGAGAAGCCUGUUGUGUACAUGGAGUGUAUCUAAUGCUUAAUGCAAAAAUCAUCCCAAUAUCCCACAAGUGGAAACAACUAGUUAGAAUCUAUGUCUGUACUGAGUGUAGGAGAGAAUCCCACAGCUUUCCGGGAGAGCAGGCACCAGAGUACCGACAAGUCAUACCGCAGUAGGCAAAGACACACUUAGGAGAGAAGCAGUUGUGUGAGGAACAUGCACGAGGCCUUACUUGAUAGUCAUCCCUCCCCUGGCCCCAAUGCACACAUGGAGAAAAGAGCCUGUGGGUGCUGCAGGGUGAGAAAGAUGAGCCAUAAUCGCACCUGUGGAUAUCAAAGGUUUCAAUCAGCAGAGAAGCAGUUAUGUGGACAGUGUGGACAAAGCUUUGGUUAGAAGCCAACAGAUGCAGAAGAAAGCUGGUCACCACAUACCCCCUCCCCAUCCAAAUUCCAGAGAAACAGUAGGAGCCCUGUAACUACACAUACAUAAGUAGCAGUUACUGCAAUUUCUCUCUUAAGGGGCUUCCUUAGGGGAAGGAUCAAGAUGCAGUGAACUGAUGGUUGAGCAUCUGCACCUCAGGGUGUGCCUCUGGUCUGCCCUUUCGAUCCAGUAACUGCUGCUUAACAAAGCUACAGCUGAGCCCGUGACCUCACUCACAGUUGCGCCAUGCAGGCUGAGGGUAUCCGCAGGGCUACCAAGAUUGAACUUGGAGAUGUUCCCCAUCCACGAGGAAAGGUAAGUCUCUGUGGUCCUGAAUAUUUAUAGCAGAUUCUGAGACAAGAGGCCUAGGUUUGAGAAUCAGACACCAGGAGAGGGGAGGGAAUUACCCGGGGUCCUGGGGAAAUGUGGACUCUCUCCUCCAGACCUGGUCUUGUGCCUGACCAAGUUUCCCAUGGGCUGCUUUGAACCAGUGACAAAAGCCUGGGGGUAAGGGCAGGCCUGUUGCUGACAUGUCCUCCCUGAGGCUACCCAGUAGCCCAGGGCUCUUCCACCAAACACUCCUGUUGCAUCCCCUCUCAGUGGGCUUUACCUCCUCCCCACGUUCUCACACACAUUUUGUCUCCAGAUAAAAGCCUUGUUUUAUUGUUUCAUCUCAGUCUCUCCUUUGCAGAGCUGUCCCACAAGUGGUACCCAGAACUGUCUGACAACACGGGUAGUAAAAUAGGGAUUUGGGGAAUGGCUCCCUGCCUGGCUGGCAGAAGAGCAGGUUGGCAUGUGGGCACAGGUAGGCACUCGGCUUCUGUUUCCCAAGGCGUUCCCUGGGUAAUGCCCCGGUCGAGGCAAAGCUGUGGCAGGUGUGAUGGCAUGGGCACUUGAAUGUAUAGGACAUGAGGACUUAACGGGGGGUACUGCUCCCUUCUGACCUCCAUAAACACUGCAGAAGGAUAUUGGGACACAAAAGUCUGUUCAUGUGUAACAGUCAGUGGCUGUGGGGGUUAACUUUGUGUGUUUCCUGCACUAAGAUGCCCAGACACCUGGUAAGAUUAUUUUGGAGUUUCUGGGAGAGUGUCCCUGAGAUGAGUAUUUGGCUCAGUAGACUGGAGAUUGUCCUCAGCCUUGUGGGUGACAUGAUUCAGGGAGUUGGUGAGCUAAAUGAACAAAAAGGUGAAGAUGGAUGAAUUCUCUCUUCUGGAGUUGGAACAUCCACCUUCUGCCCUCAGACAUCUGAGCCCUUGGUGCUCAGGUCUCCACCAGAGAGCUUCACUUUGACCUCCUGUUCUCGGGAUUUCCACCAUCAGCUCCCCUACUUAGGCCUUCAGACCCGGCUUCCAGAUGGGGUGUUCUGGGACUUCUUGGGCUUCAUAAUUGUGUGAGCCAAUUCAUAUAUCUUGAUGUGUAGACCUCAUUGGUUUUUAGGGGUAAUGGGCAUUUUAAAGGGACAAGGAGGGAAUGAGAGAGUACAGGGUCUUGGUAGAGUUGGAAAAGAGAAAAUAUUCUAAGAGCUGGUCAGUGGAAUGUGUUCAGACCAGCUGCUUAGUGUAGUUAGGAUUCUAUCCUCACAAAAACCAGGAAACUGCCCUGUCCUUCAUGAUUACACUUAAAAGGAAUGAGUCUCUGUGUAUUUCAGAAAGAGCUGAAUUGUGUGAUAUAUAUUAAUGACUGUAAGCCCUCUAGAAAAUGUUCUAAGAAAGGACAGACAAAGGCUGACGUGGCCUGACCUGCCUGCACCAGGCCUUGCAAACUUAGCCCCUGCCAUCCAGCCUCCCAGCUGGGAAAAACAAACAGUUUAGACACAAGACAAUGCCUCGUGGCCAUUUUGCAGGUAAACACCACAACUUCAUGAGAUUUACCUUCAGUAUGUUCACACAUUCUAAGUGAAGAUCUGAGAAAAACCUUAUGCUUCCAGCAGGGGAAAGAAAAAGGGACCAUUUUUGAAAUAUCCACUGGGGAGAAGUAACCAGUCUGAAAAAUGCCACAGAUGUACUAAUCCACCUAACAAGGUCCUGUCAUUGAGACCUACCUUAGAUUAUACUUCUCUGACAUGGAGGAAGGGUAAUUAGCUAGCUCCUUCCUCUAGCUCUCCUAUCUCAUAAGGAGGAGGGUGGUCACACAAAAAAUUUUCUGAUCCCAAGUAUACCUGAAAAUAUUGGAAAGAGCUCAUUUCAACAUGAACUUCCUUUGUUUUAAGUGCAAGCCACCAGGUUUCUUAUUUCUAAAACCUAAAGAAAAUAAACCAUGACUCCUAAAUGGUAAUAAAAAUUCACAGGUUAACACAGGGACAUGGGCACACUUAAAGGAAAUUACUCAUAAGAUUUAAAAACACAUUCUUCCACAAACCUGACCACCACAUCAAAAAUGCCUGGUAUAGUUGCAGUAAAUAAUAUCCAAGAGACUCUAUUGAAUAAUUUCAAAGGGGGUCAGUCCCACAACAGGAUAUAACCAUAAUAAAUAUUUAUGCCACCAACACAGGAGCACCUACACAUGUGAAACCAGUACAGACUUAAAGGGGAGAAAUAGAAUGCAAAGCAUUUCUUUUUAGGAGACUUCAACACACCACUCACUCCAAAGAACAGAUCAACCAGAGAGAAAAUGAGAUAGAGGCACUGAACAACACAUUAGAACAGAUGGACCUAACAUAUCUACAGAACACUCCACCCCAAAGCAGCAGGAUACACAUUCUUCUAAAGUGCACAUGGAACAUUUUCAAGAAUAGAUCAUAUACUAGGCCACAAAAAGAGCCUCAGUAAAUUCCAAAAGAUUGAAAUUGUAUAAACCAGCUUCUCAGACCACAAAGGUAUGAUACUAGAAAUAAAUCACA